AUGGAGGGAACUGCAUUUACCCGUCCUUUGGAAGAAUUGAAGCAUGUCAGGUCCAAAGAAGGAGAAAUACUAACCAAGCCCUUCAUUGAUGUUUGCAAAAUGAUGUUGCCUGUUAUAGAUAAGUUUGGUGCUGCUAUGGCCGCAGUGAAAGCUGAUGUUGGCGGAAAUCUCCAGAGACUGGAGAAGAAAUAUUUGUCGAGUCCUUCUGAAUUCAACCUUUUGUACGGUUUGGUACGUGCAGAAGUUGCAUCCAAAACAGCAAAAUCAUCAUCUAGUUGCACCAACGCGCUUCUUUGGUUGACGAGGGCCAUGGAUUUUUUAGUGGAACUGUUUCACGAUCUGCUCGAUCAUCCAGACUGGUCGAUGACACAGGCCUGCACUAAUGCCUACAGCAAAAGUCUGAAGAAGUGGCACAACUGGCUUGCUACUUCAAGUUUCUCUGUUGCAAUGAAGCUUGUUCCAGACAGGAAAAAGUUCCUGGAAGUGGUUGGCGGUUCUGGUGACCUCACUGCUGACAUGAGGUCGUUUUGUGAGAAGUAUGGUCCACUUCUUCAGGAAAAUCACAAGUUCUUGGCAAGUGUUGGCCUAGACAAUAUGAAGGGCAGCUGA